UUUCGCUGUAGAAUCCGUAGGUAUUUCAAAAUGUCGCACUUGGUGAACAAAGUCAAGAACUUCGUAUCUGACAAAUUCCACGGCGUGGCAAAGCCUGAAGCUAGUGUCGCCGACGUCGAAUUUAAGCGCGCAACCAUGAGCAGCGUCGAGUAUUUGGCCAAAGUCUCCGUUCAUAAUCCAUACUCACAUUCUCUUCCCAUCUGUGAGGUCAAUUACUCAUUCAAAAGCGCCACUAGGGAGAUAGUAUCAGGGAGAAUACCAGAUCCAGGGUCAUUGAAGGCAAAGGAUACAACAAUGGUGGAUGUGCAUGUGAAGGUGCCGUAUAAUAUAUUGAUGAGCUUGGCAAAGGAUAUUGGAGCUGAUUGGGAUAUUGACUAUCAGUUGGAUGUAGGUCUUGUUAUUGAUCUUCCUGUUGUUGGUAAUUUCACCAUUCCUCUUUCUCGUAAGGGAGAGGUUAAGCUUCCAAAACCUUUCUAACAUGUGCGAUAGUUUCUACUUGCUAAGUGGACAUGUAUUUCCCUUAUUUGUGUGUAGGGUCUAGGAUAUGUCAUACCUAAUAAG